AUGGCACUGAAUGUGCUACCCACUGAGCUGCUGGUUAUGAUCGGCAGCUCCCUGCGGUCCCAGCGAGACAUCUACUCGUUCGCCCGUACCGAUCGUUACAUCUAUGAACGGACCAUUUUCUUGCUCUAUGAGCGUCAGGCUAGAGCGGGAGGACGUUCUGCCUUGUUCUGGUACGCCGAGCAUGGGUACCAGCCACCUGUGAAUCACCUACUUUCGCUUCGGCCUCCUCUCGAUAGCAGAGAUGAGAAAGGCUUCACCCCUCUUGUGCUUUCUGUGAUCAACGGUCAUACUGACAUGGCUCAACUGCUUCUUGAACAUGGAGCCAACCCCAACAGGAACGACAAGCUCUGGUGGCGACCUUUGCACCAUGCAGUGCACCACUCAAACGUCGAAAUGGCCCAGAUGCUCCUGGAGUACGGUGCCAAACCCCAGGGCAGUGGAAUGGCCAAGCUCUUCGGAAGAACUAAUCAGAUCCUGGACCCAAAUACCAUGAAUGAGGCCCAGAAAAAGGCCCUUGAGCAAUUCCCGGUCCUCUUGAACAAUGACUUCUGUGGAGCUGCUCCAGUGCAUCGAGCAGCCGGAGUGGAGAACAAAGACGCCUCGAUGUUGAACCUGCUCCUGGACUAUGGUGCUCUACCCAACUCACGCAAUGAACACCGAGACACGCCGUUGCAUAUUAUCGGCAGAGCUGACGCAGAUGAACAUGAUGCGCUCGCGAAAGUCCAGGCUUUGAUGGAGCGCAAGGCAAUCCCUAACACUCGGAACGACAAGGACGAGACUCCAAUCAUGACUGCAGUGGUGGUAGGGCACCCCUCGACAGUCAAGCUGUUUCUUGAGCAGCUAGGGUCCCGGAUGGAAACCGCAGGGACACUCCAUUGCGCUGUGUUCUAUGGACAUCUUCAAGUGCUCCAAGUUCUUCUCGACCAUGGUUUGCCAGUGAACACAAUUUUCAAAGGGGAAAGUCCCCUGCAUACUGCUGCAUCCUUGGGCCAAGUUCAAGCGGUCCAGCUGCUUCUGCAUUAUGGUGCUAAUGCAAAUUUCAAGACUCUGGAGUACAACGGUACCGUUCCAGGGGGGUUUAUCCGGAGGACCGCCCUGGAGCUAGCUCUCAGCAAGCGCCAUUAUGGGGUGGCUCAAAUUCUGCAUCCCCUCACUGCGCAGUGA